AUGGAAGGAGGACUGCGCCCGCUGUGCCUGCUGCUGACCCUCUGCCCGCUGACCAGCCCGUGCCCCCUGCUCUGCACCUGUUACCAGGCCCCGCUGACGGUCAGCUGCCAGUCGCGGGGCCUGGGCCGUGUCCCGGAGCCGCUGCCCGCCGCCGGGGCCCGGCUCUUCCUGCAGAACAACCUGAUUGUGGAGCUGGGGCCGGGCUCCUUCCCCAGCAACGUCUCGCUGCUGUGGCUCCACUCCAACAGCAUCAGUCGCGUCAGGCCCGGGGCCCUGAGGGGCUUGGCCCGGCUGGAGGAGCUGGACCUGGGGGACAACCCCCAGCUGAGGGCCUUGGAGCCGGGCACCUUCGCGGGCCUGUCCAGGCUGCGGACCCUGCGGCUGCACCGCUGCGGCCUGGCCCUCCUGCCGCUGGGCCUGUUCGCCGGGCUCCGCGGCCUGCGGUACCUCUACCUGCAGGACAACCGCAUCCCCGGCCUGCGCCCGGGGCUCUUCUCCGACCUGAGCCGCCUCUCCCACCUCUUCCUGCACGGCAACCGGCUCCGCCGCCUCCAGGCCGGGGCCUUCGGGGGCCUGCGGGGCCUGGACCGGCUGCUCCUCCACAGGAACCUGAUCGGCCUGGUCCAGGCCGGGGCCUUCGGGGGCCUGCGGGGCCUGGACACCCUCUUCCUGUCCCACAACCGCCUGGCCCGGCUGCCGGGGCCGGCCCUGCUCCCCCUGCCCUCCCUCCGCUUCCUCCGGCUCGACGGCAACCCCUGGGCCUGCGACUGCCGGGCCCGGGGCCUGCGGGGCUGGUUCGGGGCCUACCCCGGGGCCAGCUCCGCCCUGACCUGCUCCUCACCCCCGGGCAGGAAGGGCCGCGACCUCCGGCUCCUGACCCACCGGGACUUCCAGACCCCGGCCAAGGCCACGGCGGCAACCGGGCUCAAGGGCUCCCCGGCCCAGGGGUCAGCGCGGCCGGAGUACUGGCCGGACUAUGAGGAUGGCGACGAGGCGCUGACCUCGGACCCUCCUGGACGCUGCCCGGGCCGGAGCUGCAGCAGGAGCCUGGCCCCCGGCCGGCUGGACGUCGGGAUCUUCCCAUUCCCCCUGUGGGCCCUCACUCUGCUGCACUGGUCAUGA